ACAGGGGGGUUUAGCAAAAUCGGAACCACUGGAAUUUGAUAGGAUUGAAAACCCACAAAGAGACUAAAACCUAUAACAGUAGUACUCCAAGUAUUUCAUGCUGUUGAAUAACGUGAUUGCGUUGCCCUUUGGAAAGUGGGUCUCUUUGUGGUGUCUGAAAGGGGGGUACUCAGAGAGUUCAGGCAACCCAACGCGAGGUUUCAGCUGCAUCACGCAGGUCUGCUCACACACACUCCGGCGUGCGGCAUCUACGUUUGUACCAAGUUUCUGAAAAGUCAUGGCCGAUGAAGGAUAUGUGGUACGCAUCAGGGGUCUCCCAUGGUCCUGCUCAGUGGAUGAAGUACAGAGGUUUUUCUCGGAGUGCAAAAUCAUCAGCAAUGGAGGUGGCAUCCACUUCACCUACACAAGAGAGGGGCGUCCCAGCGGAGAGGCGUUCGUCGAAAUGGAGACCGAGGAAGAUCUAAAGAUUGCAGUGAAGAAGGACAGAGAAACUAUGGGUCACAGAUAUGUCGAGGUUUUUAAAUCCAACAAUGUGGAGAUGGACUGGGUCAUGAAGCACACUGGUCCAAACUGUCCAGAAACAGCAGGAGAUGGGCUUGUCCGGCUCCGAGGCCUUCCUUUUGGCUGCAGCAAGGAGGAGAUAGUACAGUUUUUCUCAGGGUUGGAAAUCGUGCCAAAUGGGAUAACAUUGCCGGUGGACAUCCAGGGGAGGAGUACGGGGGAGGCCUUCGUGCAGUUUGCUUCACAGGAUAUAGCUGAAAAGGCUCUAAAGAAACACAAGGAAAGAAUAGGGCACAGGUACAUUGAGAUCUUCAAGAGUAGCCGUGCUGAGGUGCGGACCCAUUACGAACCCCAGCGGAAGCCCAUGGGCAUGCAGAGACCUGGCCCCUAUGACCGGCCCUCGGGUGGUCGCGGCUACAACAUGAUGGGCCGAGGAUCCUAUGAGAGAAUGCGUCGUGGUGGUGGUGGUGGCGGCGGCGGCGGCGGUGGGGGAGGCGGCGGCGGCUAUGGAGGAGAUUACAAACGUUUAGGUAUAUCGGAUGGACGAUAUAGCGAUGGCGGCUCUUCCUUCCAGAGCACGACAGGCCACUGUGUCCACAUGAGGGGCCUGCCCUACAGAGCCACCGAGACAGACAUCUACAAUUUCUUCUCACCAUUGAAUCCGGUGCGGGUACAUAUCGAGAUCGGCCCAGAUGGCCGGGUGACCGGAGAGGCAGAUGUAGAGUUUGCAACACACGAAGAUGCCGUUGCAGCCAUGUCCAAAGACAAAGCUAACAUGCAGCACCGCUACGUGGAGCUGUUCUUGAACUCAACGGCAGGUGGAAGUAACGGAGCCUACAGCAGCCAGAUGAUGGGUGGCAUGGGGAACCAGUCGUCUUACAGCGGUGGCCAGCUGAGCUCAGGGUAUUCCGGUGGAUACAGCAGCCAGGGCAAUAUGGGCGGCUACAGUGACUACAGUAACCAGGGCGGAAUGGGAAGCAGUUACUACGGCGGAGGAGGAGGAGGAAGCAGAGGCUCUAUGAAUGGACUGAGCGGGGGAUGGGGAAUGUAGAUUAUUUUCCUUAAUUUGAUGUUGUUUUUUUUAACUCAGCAUUUUGCUGGAAGGACUGGAAAUGCAAGUCUCACCUAGUUAACAUAGGGUAGGGUCAGGUGAGGUUAUGAAAAUAUUGAGGGGGUAGGGUUUGUAUUUUUUUUAAGUGGAUGAUCUUCAGAGAGAAGUGAGAUCAUCUGGUGUCACUAAGUGUCAGAGCGAAGCGCUGUUUGUCUUCCCCAUUCCUCACAGAUUUACAUGUUCAUUACAAGGAAGUGUGUUGUUUUUGUUAUUGUUCUCCAUAAACCUGGCUGUUCCCCAAUGUUAACUCAUCCUGUGCUGGUGGUGUUAACAUUCAUUUCAAUGUCUGAGUUCAUGAACAAAACAAAAAAUCUGAAAGUGUCUGGUAUUUACUGAUGUUUCGACCUUGUUUCACCUUCUACAUAAGCCUUUUUUUUUUUUUUUUAAUUUCCAGUUAAACUGUUAAUCCGCAUUGAAAUUUGAGUCUUCACAUGGUCAAAGCAUGUUCUGUUCUCUAAAGGUAUGAUUGAUUCUUAUUUUAUUUUUCUGGAUGAGGGCUAUGCCGAGGGCAAGUGAAUUUCAAAUCUGCUGACAUGAAGGUUUCUACUGCUUCAAAUGCUAUUUGUAUUUCCUGUGCACAAAGUGAAUAAACUAGUCUGGAA